UGUUUUAGAAAGAACAUAUGAAUGAAUCUGGAAGUGAGUCUGCUAGUGAAAAGGGCAAUUCAAGUGGUUCUGGUUCAGGUAGUGAAAGUGACAGUGGAUCUAGUUCUUCAGGAUCCGGGUCUGGUGGCAGGUCAGGGUCUGAAAAAUCUUAUGUAGCCGACAGGUCACAUCAUAGCGAUGACACGAAAUCUUCACCAAAACAUAGCAAUGCCAAUUCUUCCAAAUCUGACCAUCACAGUGACAAAGAUACCUCAGAUGAUGAUGAUUCACCAUCGAAGCCGCAUUCUAGGACUAGUCAUGGUAGAGUUAAGUCAGACCUGUGGGAAGAUAAUCCAGAUAUCUACGGAAUUCGGAGAUCUGGUAGAUCCAGGAAAGAACCAGAUAGACUUAAACUUGCAGACAGCGAUUCCAGUGAAAGAGGAAAAUCACAACAUAGGAAAAGCAGAAAGAAAAGUGAUUCUUGGAAUUCCAACACAUCAGACAGCGAUAGUGAUAUGAAUGGUUCCCCACCUCCGCCUUCAAAACGACCAGGCCAAAGAAGUGUACCUCUCCGAAAAAAGAAACCAGCAAGAAGAAGACGAUUCUCAAGUGAAGAAGAUGAGUCUACAGAAGCUUCAGAUGAAGAUACUCGGAGUCGAACAGCAACAAGGCGUACGGGUGCAGCUGUUAGUUAUAAAGAAGCUAGUGAUGAACAAACUGAUUCUUCUGACCUUUUGGAAGUGGAAGGUGGGGAAGGGGAAGUUGAACCAGAACCUGAAGAUCAUAGUGAAACUAUUGAGAAAGUUCUAGGACACCGGAGAGGAAAAAAAGGAGUCACUGGGAAUGUGACUACCAUUUAUUAUAUAGAAGAAAAUGGAGAUCUUAAUGAAGGGUGCAAUCCAGACGAUGAUGAAGCCACGGAACCACAGUACCUGAUUAAAUGGAAAGGUUGGUCACACAUACACAACACUUGGGAGUCUGAAGCAUCUCUCAAUGAACAAAAAGUUAAAGGACUUAAGAAAUUAGAGAAUUUCAUUAAGAAGGAAGCUGAGCUGUCAUGGUGGAGAUCACAGGCGGGGCCUGAAGACAUUGAUUACUUUGAGUGUCAAUCUGAAUUACAGCAAGAAUUAGUUAAAACAUACAAUAAUGUGGAAAGAAUUAUAGCUGAACAAACUAGGGAAUUAGAAACUGGGGCAACAGCACAUGAAUAUUUUUGCAAGUGGGAAUCAUUACCUUAUGCUGAUGCAACAUGGGAAGAUUCUUCGUUAAUAGAGAGAAGGUGGCCUACAGAAGUAGAACAUUUUAAACAUAGAGAAGCUGCUAAGACAACUCCAUCUAGGCAUUGUCCUGUUCUCAGAAGAAGACCAAAGUUCCACCCAGUUAAAGAACAACCUGAAUAUAUGGGAAAAGAUGAGACUUACUUUUUGAGAGAUUACCAAAUGGAUGGUUUGAACUGGUUAAUACAUUCCUGGUGUAAAGAUAACUCUGUUAUUCUUGCUGAUGAGAUGGGUUUAGGAAAGACAAUACAGACCAUAUGUUUCUUAUACUAUCUCUUUAAAUCACAACAACUUUACGGACCAUUCCUUUGUGUUGUGCCAUUGAGUACAAUGACUGCCUGGCAGAGAGAAUUUCAGCAGUGGGCUCCUGAUAUAAACGUCGUUACAUACAUUGGCGAUGUAAUAAGUAGAGAUAUUAUUCGGCAGUUUGAGUGGAGCUUUGCUAGUUCCAAGAGAUUGAAAUUCAAUGCUAUUUUGACAACAUAUGAAAUUUUACUCAAAGAUAGACAAUUUCUCAGGUCAUUUAGUUGGGCGUGCUUAUUAGUAGAUGAAGCACACAGGUUAAAAAAUGAUGACUCCUUAUUAUACAAAGCUCUUAAAGAAUUUGAUACAAAUCAUAGACUGCUGGUAACUGGUACCCCUUUACAAAAUUCUUUGAAAGAGUUAUGGGCCCUUUUACAUUUCAUAAUGCCUUAUAAAUUCGAGACCUGGGAAGAUUUUGAAAAGGAUCAUGAAGAUGCUGCUACUAAGGGAUAUGAAAAAUUACAUAAACAAUUAGAACCUUUUAUAUUGAGACGGCAAAAAAAAGAUGUAGAAAAGUCAUUACCUGCAAAAGUUGAGCAAAUAUUGAGGGUAGAAAUGACGUCAAUACAAAAGCAGUACUAUAAAUGGAUAUUAACAAAAAACUACAGUGCUUUGCGUAAAGGGGUCAAAGGUUCCAUUAAUACUUUUAUAAACAUUGUGAUAGAAUUAAAGAAAUGCUGUAACCAUGCACUUUUGACAAAGCCAGAAGAUUUUGAAUCCAGAGCAUCCUUAGCAACAACUGAUGCUGUGGAGAAACUUCUAAGAGGCUCAGGAAAAUUACUCUUGUUAGAUAAGCUUCUUUGUAGACUGAAAGAAACUGGCCACAGAGUUCUCAUUUUCUCACAGAUGGUCAGGAUGUUAGAUAUAUUGGCAGAAUAUUUGCAAAGAAGACAUUUUCCAUUUCAACGUCUUGAUGGUAGCAUAAAAGGUGAACUGAGAAAGCAGGCUUUAGAUCAUUUUAAUGCCGAAGGUUCACAAGAUUUCUGCUUUUUACUCUCAACGAGAGCUGGUGGCCUGGGAAUAAACUUGGCUACGGCAGAUACAGUCAUUAUUUUUGAUUCUGACUGGAAUCCACAGAAUGAUUUACAAGCUCAAGCUCGCGCACACAGAAUAGGCCAAAAAAAUCAGGUCAACAUUUACCGGCUCGUUACUGCAAGAUCCGUUGAGGAGGAUAUAGUAGAAAGAGCUAAAAGAAAGAUGGUUUUAGAUCAUCUCGUCAUACAACGAAUGGAUACCACAGGGAGAACAGUACUCAAUAAAAGGGAAUCAUCUGCAACUACGGCAAAUAACCCAUUCAAUAAAGAAGAUUUGAAUGCAAUUUUGAAAUUUGGUGCUGAAGAAUUGUUUAAAGAUGAUGAUGAAAAUGAUGAGGAUCCUGUCUGUGAUAUUGAUGAAAUUUUGCAACGUGCAGAAACGCGUGAUGAAGGUCCUACUAUGGCCGGAGAUGAGUUGUUGUCUGCUUUUAAAGUUGCUAGUUUUGCCUUUGAUGAAGACAAAGCAGUAAUGGAAGUAAAAAAAGAAAAUGCUGAAGAAGAGAGUAAAGAUUGGGACGACAUCAUUCCUGAAAAUGUCCGCAAAACUAUUGCAGAAGAAGAAAAGAACAAAGAAAUGGAAGAUUUGUACUUACCACCUAGAAGAAAGCAAUUACAACAAAGUGCAGAUGCAAAAGGUGGUCGCAAACGACGCGGCCGCGGUUCAGGCGAUGGUGCAGACGGUGCGGACGGUGAAGGUGACGCAGAAAGUGACGCGUCUGAUGGAGACGCCAGUGCGGAUGACGACCGACCAAGGAAACGAGGUCGCCCGCCCGCCUCACACAGGGAGAAAAUAAAGGGCUUCACUGACCAGGAGAUACGCAAAUUUGUCAAGAGUUAUAAGAAGUUUUCUGCGCCUUUGAAACAUCUGGAUAGUAUAGCGUGUGACGCAGAAUUGCAAGAAAAACCAUUGGCAGAGUUAAAAAAACUAGGAGAGAUUUUAGAAGAAAGAUGUAAGGCUGUGCUCAACGAGACUGCUGAUAAAACUAAUGAACAAAAUGAUGGUCGUAAAAAUGCGAGGAAGAGUUUUAAGCUUGGUGGUGUACCUGUUAAUGCUAAGACUUUGUCAGCCUGUUUAGAUGAAUUAGCACCUUUAGACGACUUCUUGCCACAAACCAAAGAAGAUAGGUUAAAAUGGCAAUUAGAUUUCAGAACGAGGCCCGCUAAUUUUGAUUGUGAAUGGGGUGUUGUUGAUGAUUCUAAAUUACUAGCUGGUAUUUAUCAAUAUGGAAUGGGUUCCUGGGAGGCCAUCAAAAUGGACUCUUCUUUUGAAAUAGGCGAUAAAAUAUUAACAAAUGAAGAAAAGAAACCUCAAGCCAAGCAUUUGCAAUCAAGAGCAGAAUAUUUGUUAAAAUUAAUUAAAAAGUUACUAGAUCAGAAGAAUGGGAAACAAAAACAAAGGAAGCCACGGGUGAAACGUGGUAAUAAAGAACCAGUUACAAAAGAUAUUGUUGAAGAUGAUAUUAGCUCAGGAGAUGAGAAUAAAAAAUCCAAUAAUAAACAAACUCUUAAAAAUGACAAUAAGAGCAAAUUAAAACUGGAUGAUAUAUCGACGCACGAUGAGACUUCAAAUGAUAGAAAAGAAAAUCUCAAGAAACGAACAAGGAAAGAUGGUAAAGAUCGCAGCAAAUCUGAUAAAGUGAAAGGUCGAAAAAAACCUGCUGGGCCAAUGCAUUUCACUGCAAAUAACGAACCACGGGCACUUGAGGUUCUAGGUGACUUGGACCCAUCUGUUUUUGAAGAGUGUAAAGAAAAGAUGAGACCAGUUAAGAAAGCUCUUAGAGCACUUGAUAAUCCUGACCAGACAUUAUCCGAAUCUGAGCAGGUCACAAGAACUCGAACAUGUCUCACACAGAUAGGGACUCAAAUAGAUAUUUGUUUGGAGGCAUAUCCAGAUCCUGAGAAGAAAGUAGAAUGGAGAAGUAAUCUCUGGUAUUUUGUAUCAAAAUUCACCAAUUUUGAUGCGAAACAAUUGUAUAAAUUAUAUAAAUAUGGACUGAAAAAAAGUGACACCAAACAGAAAGGUGGAAAACAUAAAGAAAAUGCUAAGGCAAAUAAUAAAAAUAAUCAUAAUUCUAAUAAUCAUGUAAAAGCUAACAAAAAGGAUAACAAACAUGAAGACAUGAGUGAAGAUAAAAAGAAGGAAAAGAAACCUAAACUCGAAAAAGAUAGAUUAGAUAAUAAAACAAGUGAUAAGAUUCCAAAUACAUCGGGAGUAAAACGUAAAUUAGAAGAAGGAGAAUGUGACCCAGAGCCGAGCGAAAACAAACGUCAUGAAAGCAGACAUAAACACAAACACAAGGAUCGUAAGGAUAAAGACAGCGGCCUCAAGCAGGACGAUUUGAUGUACAGAGAACGGACUCGAUCAGAUCGUGACCGCGAACGUGACCGUGACCGAGAUCGGGACCGCGACCGUGACCGAGAUCGAGACCGGGAACGGGUUCGCGAACGGUCUCGAACGCGACGUGACAGCGGCGGCGUGGGCCCGCAGCGAGUACGUGCGCCGUAUACUAUGCCGCAUGCGAACGCGCUGCAUCCGGAACAUCCCGCGCAUCCUGCGUGGACACCUCCCGCUUACCCUGGUCCAAGGCAAUACCGGGGUGACCGCAAUACGCGACCACAUGAUAAGAGAAGCAGGUACGGGGGAUUCGGAGCGAUGGCGGGUCCUUAUGGAGGCUACUAUGAAAGUGCAGCGAUGGUUAGCGGGAUGGGAUUCCCGCCAGUGCGCACGUACCCUGAGGAGUGGCGAGGCUAUGGCCAGUCUGACUAUCAAUAUGAUGAACGAGACUACGAGCGCGAGGUUUAUAGGAGAGACUAUGAUAGACGUGCUCCCCCCACCUAA